UCACCAGCAGCGGAGUCUCAAGUCCAAUGUUUCAAGUGCUAAAAGAUGGCAGGCCUGACAGCAAGGGUAUUCCGAUGUAUCAUCCCAAAGUUUGCCUUCACUAAUCACACGUCAUCUUUGACAGUGCCAGGCCUUCUUUGCAAAUAUAAUAGAAGCAAUGAUCAGAAGAAAAGAUUUUCAUCAUCCGUACCAAAGACACAGAAAGAAACAGUUACCAUAAACUUCAUUGGGAGAGAAGGGAAUCGCAUCCAAACCAAGGCUAAAGUUGGUGACAAUCUCUUGGAUGUUAUUAUAGAGAAUGAUAUUGACAUUGAUGGCUUUGGUGCUUGUGAGGGAACCCUGGCGUGCUCCACCUGUCACCUCAUCUUUAAGAAAGCAGAUUAUGACAAGCUGCCCGAGAAACCCACCGAUGAGGAGCUUGAUAUGCUAGACUUGGCUUAUGGCUUGUCUGACACAUCUCGACUUGGGUGUCAAAUACUUGUGUCAAAGGAUAUGGAUGGGCUGGAAGUGGAGGUGCCAACAGAGGUGUCAGAUGCAAGAGGUCCAUCCUAGACAUGACCAUCUCUUACCUUCAAAGGGCAACAGUAGGAUGUAGCUAAAAGAUUGAAAUAUGUCAUUAAGUGUUGUAAAAACUCAAUAUAAAUACUAUUCAUCUGGAUGUGAGUAUUUAAUGAUUAGUGAUUCACUGAUUCAGUACAAGUUGAGUUUAUUGGCCAAAGCUCAUGAUACAGAUAGUGUUUACCUGCUGAUCGAGAGAAUACCAGGUCAGCCACUUUUCUUUAUGCUACCACUGUCUGUAAACCAAUAUUCUCAAUCUCAUGUAUAAACUUGAUGUCAAACAGAUUUUCUCAACUGUUAUCCUUGAUCAGUUUGUUACUUGGGCCUGCUGGCCACGGUGAUCACAGGCAAUGUCUGUGAUGGAACACACUCAGGAGCAAGUAAUUAAACACUUCACAUGA